AAGGAUUCAAACAGUACAAACGGUGGUCCGGUUACAUUACUCCUGUCAAAGAGCGAACAGACACACACACUCUUUACCUGGACUACCUUUUACCCGACAUGGUGACAAUAAGAGUCCCAGCAGCAGCAGCGGCUCUCUUUGCCGUCUUCUGUCUGUCCACACACUCUGCCUCAGGCUCCUAUCCCCGAGCACAGAAUGUCACCUGGAAAUCCACCAAUUUCAAAACCAUUUUGAGCUGGGAGCCCAAACCAUCAGCGGAUUACUCCUACACGGUGGAGUACUCUGCGAUCGGUCGGGACAAAGAGAGGAACCUUCACUGUGUUCGAUCCGGGAUGACAGUGUGUGAUCUGUCCAGCUCUCUGACGGACCUCAACGCCUGCUACACUGCAGAUGUCCUGUCUGAACCCCUGCUGGGGGCCACCACGGACCUCAUCGAGUUCCCUCACACCAGCUCACCACGAUUCUGCCCCUACAAAGACACUGAUAUAGGCAGACCUGACUUCAAGCUGGACGUAAGUGCAGGCAAAAAGAAGACCACGCUGUUUGUGACUGACCCACUCACCGCCCUGUUUAAAGAUGGCCGCCAGCUGGACAUCAGGGACAUCUUCUCCAAUCAGCUGCAAUAUAAAGUCACCUAUCGGAAAAAUAAGAGCACAGGCAAGAAAGUGUACACCUCUGCAAGCAAUGUGAUAGAGCUGACUGAUCUGGACCGAGGGGAGAGCUACUGCUUCAACGUCCAGGCCUUUAUUCCCACCCGCAGCAUCGACAAGCAGCUGGGAGAGCUGAGCCAGACCCAGUGCUCCAGCGACGAUAACCAGUCCAUCUUUGAAGUGUAUUCAGUGGGGGUGAUCGCUGCUGCCAUCUUCCUCAUCCUGCUGCUCAUAGGCCUCAUCAUCGCGGUCACAGUGAUCUGCUGCAAGCGCAGGAAGAAAGCUCUGAAAAAGGAAAAAGAAGGAAUGCCACUCCGGGCUGUGUAGACACACACACACACACACACACACACACACACACACUGUGGGAACAUACGGUACAGCUGAACUGCACUGCGGCCCGUGAGGAGAGCAGAUCUAGUCCAUUAUUCCGUUGUCUAACGCUGGAAUCCAUCCUAACUUUAGUUUCUAUGAAACUGCCUCUGAAUAUGUUGCACAUAUUUUAUUCUUUCUUUCAUGCUGCAGAAAAAAGAGACUUUAGGAAAACACUGUUUCAACACUGUACACACUCGUCAUACUGCUGAAGCCUUGUCUACAUGUGGUACCUCUGAUGACUGUAGAUGAACACUACCAACUGAUUUUAUUUAUUUCAUUUUAAAGUGUAUUUUCAAACUUGAAACUUUUGGGAGACGGGUGAAAGCAAAACUUUAUGGGAAAUCAACCUAGUGUAUAUUAUUUUUGUAUUUUAAUGCCUAAUUUAUUCUGUUUAAUUGAUAUUAACAUAUAUGUAUAUGAUGUCAUUUGUAGCUUUUUUUAUACUUCAGAUUGUUGAAAUGUUGACGUAAUAAAUAUUUUACAGAACACGA